ACAUUGGAGUCCUUGUCGACCAAAAUGGGAAGCUUCUUCAAGAAGGUAGGAUAGUUUGGUCCGAGGCCCCUGCGCCUGUUGUUAUCCUCAUGCCGUAUGCGAUUGCUUGUUUACCGAGACAUAUUGAGAUUCGAUCUCUCCGAGCGCCUUAUCAGUUGGUUCAAACAGUUGCUCUCCGUGAUGUUCGUCAUCUAUUCCCAAGCAACAAUAGUGUCAUUAUUGCAUUGGAGAACUCUGUUUAUGGGCUCUUACCUGUUCCUCUUGGUGUACAGAUAGUGCAAUUAACAGCUUCUGGUGAUUUUGAGGAGGCUUUGGCUUUGUGUAAGUUGCUUCCACCAGAGGAUUCAAACCUUCGAGCAGCAAAGGAAGCUUCUAUUCACAUCCGGUAUGCACACUAUUUAUAUGAUAAUGAGAGCUAUGAAGAGGCCAUGGAACAGUUUCUGGCAUCAUCAGUGGAUAUCACCUAUGUACUCUCACUAUAUCCAUCUGUAGUUCUUCCCAAGGUACAUUCCUUUUCCGAGCCUGAGAAAGUGCCUGACGUUGCAUCAGAUGCAUUGGACCUCCAUCGAGUUUCAUCAGACACUUCAGAUGAGAUGGACCCACCAUCUCCAUCACACCUACUUGCAAAUGAGGAGAAAAUUUUAUCCAAGAAAAUGAGCCACAAUGCUCUCAUGGCUCUUAUCAAGUUUUUGCAGAAGAAGAGAUAUAGCAUAAUUGAGAGGGCCACUGCUGAAGGAACAGAGGAAGCUGUCUCUGAUGCUGUUCAAGAAAGCAUCAAAUCCAGUAGGUCAAGCAAUCCAGUCAAGACCCGUGGUUACAUCCAUAUAAGCUCAGGUGCAAGGGAGAUGGCAGCUAUACUUGAUACUGCCCUUCUCCAAGCUCUACUUCAUACUGGCCAGUCUUCUGCUCUAUUGGAUCUGCUGAAAGGUCUUAACUAUUGCGAUAUUAAAAUAUGCGAAGAAUUUCUACAAGAGAGGAAUUACUACACCGCACUGUUAGAACUGUACAAGUGCAAUGAGAUGCACCGUGAAGCUCUUAAGCUUCUUAAUCAACUUGUUGAGGAAUCAACUUCGGGUCAAGUGCAUUCUGAACCUGCCCAAAGGUUUAGACCUGAAAUGAUAAUUGAGUACCUAAAGCCUCUUUGCUCAAUUGAUCCCAUGCUUGUUUUGGAGUACUCAAUGCAUGUUCUUGAAAGUUGUCCGACCCAGACAAUUGAGCUCUUCUUGAAUGGAAACAUCCCAGCAGAUUUAGUCAAUUCUUAUUUAAAGCAGAAUGCACCAAAGAUCCAAGCGACAUAUUUAGAGCUUAUGCUCUCAAUGAAUGAAAGUGCUGUAUCUGCAAAUUUGCAAAAUGAACUGGUUCUAAUCUAUCUUUCAGAAGUAAUUGACUGGUAUAUGGAUCUAAUAGCUCAACAGAGUUGGAAUGAGAAAGCUUAUUCCCCAACAAGGAAAAAGUUAUUAUCUGCAUUGGAGGGCAUGUCUGGAUAUAACCCCGAGGCUCUGUUGAAACGCCUUCCAGCAGAUGCUUUAUAUGAGGAGCAUGCAAUUUUGCUCGGGAAGAUGAGCCAACAUCAGCUUGCUUUGUCUCUCUAUAUUCAUAAGCUUCACGUUCCCGAACUAGCAAUUUCAUACUGUGACAGAGUAUAUGAGGUUGGGCAGCAUCAUCCUUCUUCAAAAUCAUAUGGUAAUAUCUACCAGACUCUUCUACAAAUAUAUCUUAACCCUUCAAGGGUGACAAAGGAAUUUGUGAGCCAAAUACAAAAUCUUGCAUCUCCUCAGCAAACUGGCAGCCAGAAGCUUGGGGCUGCCAAAUCUAGAGUUGGCCGUGUAUCUAAAAAAAUUGCUGAAAUAGAAGGAGCAGAAGACUUGCGAUUCAACCUCAGCAGUACUGAUAGCGGUCGGAGUGAUGUUGAUGGAGAUGAACCUAGUCAGGAAGGAGGUCCCAUUAUGCUUGAUGAAGCGCUUGAUCUGUUGAACAGAAGGUGGGACAGGAUCAAUGGAGCUCAGGCCCUCAAACUCUUGCCGAAAGAGACCAAGUUGCAGAACUUGCAGACUUUUCUUGAACCCCUGCUCAAGAAAUCUAGCAAAGGUUGCCGUAACUUCUCAGUGAUCAAGAGCUUGAGAGACAGCGAGAAUUUGCAGGUUAAAGAAGAGCUUUAUAAACAACGUAAAGCUGUGGUGAAAAUCACUAGUGACAGCAUGUGCUCCCUCUGCAAUAAACGAAUAGGGACAAGUGUUUUUGCUGUCUACCCCAAUGGGAAAACACUAGUGCACUUUGUUUGCUUCAGAGACUCACAAAGCAUAAAGGCAGUGAGGAGAUCACCAUUACAGAAGCGUGGGUAGUUUGGUUCUUGUGCCUAAAUGUCUCAAAUCGGUUCACCAAGGGAUAAAGGGAAGGAGAACGGUCCUAGGAGCUCCUGGUGUGUGAUAGUUCGUAUGAAGAUGAUAGACCAACUAUGCAACUACCUUGUCAUUGUGUUGUGAAGAUUAUAGACCACCGAUGCAACUACCUUGUCAAUGUGUUUUGCUACCUCUACUGACCAAAAA